AUGCCUACACCGACAACGCUUCCUCCGGACGAGGAAGACGAUCCGUCCUCCUGCUCCCACUUCUGCGCCCCGAUAACGUCGCUUACUCGCCCUGUCGACUUAUCUGAAAUGGAAGACCGCGGCCGCAUUCGAAACAUCUUCUGCCUCCCGCCCCCCUUCGGGCCCCUCCUCUUUGACAACGAGCAGAGCGACUGCCGCGACCACUGCGCAAACGAGCGGACCUUCCUCUCCUACCUCCGUCUCUCCAUUUACAUGUCCAUUGUGGCCGUCGCCAUCGUGCUCUCGUUUCACCUGCGCAAAACGGCGUCCGAAAUUGAGCUGCGCAUGGCCAAGCCGCUGGGUGCCAUCUUCUGGGCGCUGUCGAAACGGUCAAUAAGUACAGCCGCAGGGCGGCAAUUGUACAGAGCGGGUGGAAGACACAAA